GCUGUUUCAGUGUUCUCAAUUUCUCCUUACUGGCAGCUUUUUUCCCUGAUUUGAUUGCUUUGGCCUGAAUCUUCCAUGUUACGUGAAAUGAUCAGAGGGGAGCAGCAAAGUGUCUGACGGCAAUCGGGUGCGUGGCCAGCGUCCUGCCCCAGCCCUGCCCAGCCAUGGACGCCUGUGCCCGAAUCAGAGGGGUCCCACUGAAGACACGUGCCUCCAUUAGGAAAGAGACCGUCCAGGAGAGCUCCACACUCAGUCUGAAGAACCUUGUGAAGAGCAGAAAACAGCUGUGUAAUGUGGUGCUGGACCUGCCGAUCAGAGAGACGGUGUCUGUAACUGAGAUUCAUUUUGUGUGUUUACCCAGUCAUUCUCUUGGAGACAGUGCCACACUACAGGCUGUGGCAGCUGCCCCAGGUGAUGUGAUUGAGCUGCUCAGAUCACUACAUGUCCCCAGCCUGAGAGACGAAGAGCUGCUGCUGCUCAAAGACUCUAAGAAUCUCCUGGAGAAAAAAGACAGUAGUUCACAGAAUGGUUGGUUGAAAGCCAUCUGUAUACUGCGGUUCUCCCACACUCCUCAGAAUAGUGUCAACACUACACUGGGUCUACUGGCCAGGUACACUGCCGGUGUGAAGUACGCCAUAGAGCUGCAGUCUGUACAGAAGGCUGCACCUGACACCUGCCAAUCCGAAGACGAUGAUACCAACCAGUCGGUCUCCUCCAUCGAGGAUGACUUUGUCACUGCUUUUGAGCACUUGGAGGAAGAUGAGACCACAGAUUACCCAUCUUCUGGUCCCUACUGUCAACAUAACCGGCGUGACGUGGCCUCUCAGACUGUCCCCUCCCACCGCAAAGACAAGUCGGGUUCACGGGUCAUCAUCCGCUCUCUCUCCAAGAAGGCCUCAGCCAAAAAGACAACCCCUCCUGAAGUAUCGGUUUCUGUACAGAGCUCGGCAGUAGGAUGGUCCACAGGUUCAGGGAGCCAGUGGAGCUUCUACACACCAAGCAGUCCUGAGAAAGGCCGUCUCACCUCCACCUCCCUUACGGAGUCUGACGAGUCCAAUUGCUCGAGUCCUAGCCCCAUUAUCUUCUUGGAUGAAGUAGGUUAUCAAAAAAGUCUGAGAGCAAAGCUCGACAUUCCUAAAAUCCCUGUCCUCAAGGAUGGGGUAGAAGACUCGGAUUCAGAAGUGAGUGAGUUUUUCGAUAGUUUUGACCAGUUUGAUGACCUGGAACAAGUUCUGGAGAACUCCUCCAAGGCUAAGUUGCACAAGGAUAUAACGCCUACUGGCCAGACGCAGAAAAAGAAGCUUUCAGAGGACCGAGGCUCAAAAUAUGUAUCCAGAGGCAGUUCAGCUAAAGCUAUGAAUCCACAGAAAUUUGACCAUCCAGUCCUCCCCGCCAACAUAAGGAAACCCACUCCACUAAAACCAGGAUUGGCAAGCGGUACCCACUCUGAAGUCCCUGAUUCCCCGCGGCAAGUGCGAGCCUCUGGUGAGGAGAAUGGAGCUCUCUUCAGUCCGGUCAGAUCGUCUGCUUUUAGCCCUCUAGGAGAGGGUGGUUCUUUGGAGUGUUUUUGGAAGGCAGAUGGAGAUACCACGGAACUGCGCAAGCCUCAGGACCUCUGUGCGCUGUAUAAGACGUAUUCGGAUUUUGCAAGCAGUAUGUCGAAGGAAAUCCUUGCCUCAGUCUGUGGGUACUCAUCGCCUGUUGACAUGAACAUCAACAAGAACCUGAGUUGCGUUUGUCAUAAAGAAUUUCAGAACGUCAGUGGCCACCUCAUGAAACUUUCUGACAUACAGGAGACAGUUACGAUAUCCAAAUCACAGAAAUCGCAAACUCUGACAGAUGGAAUACAGAAGUUUGCUACGGACUUGGUGGAAAGGAGCCUAGGGAGUGCCUUCCGAGAUCUACAGAAAGGGGUGUCCUCUUGCACUACUACACUUUGCCAUCUAGCUGCAAGGUUAACUUCCUCAGUGUUUCAAAUGGCCUUUCAUGAGAUAGGCAUGAGACGUGCAUAUGUUUUAAAAGAACGUGCAGUAAAUGGUUUAGCUGGCUUCUUAGUCGGGGAAGCCAUGUCUGAGGCACUGAAAGAGUUCUGCAUUGUGAGGAAGCAAAUCUUCAACAACACUGUUGCCCAGUUUGCGGCAGACCUUGCAGAGGAGCUGGUCUUCGAAGGGAUCAUGGAGGUCUGCCAGUUCUCAUACCCGUCCACACCCUCGACUUCAUGUGACUGGUCUUUUGAGCAAGAGGAAGAGGUUGUUUCAUCGUAUGCCUCGGACCUCUCAGAAUCUGUACUCCAGGAGGCAUUCAUUGAGCUGUCUCAAGCGGAGGUUACCUUCACAACACAGGCGGCCAUUAGCGUGUCUCUGGACAACAUACAUUAUGUCAGCGCUGAGGAUUCCAAUCCGUCUACAAUGACAUGUGAUGCUGCUACAAAUUACUUGGAAUUGCCAGGCACAUCUGAACUGGCUGGUGCACCGGAAAACCGGUGCACCAUGAGAAAAGCUUUGUACUGCAUGUCUGGAGUUGCCAGUUGUGUGCCAGUACCUGUGGCAGGGAAAGGCAUUUCCCAGUUUCAGAAUCCAGCAGAUGUUUGUCAUUUUAAAUCCAGUGUUAGCCACACCUCACAAACUAGUCCCAAGAAAAGCAACUGCUCUGAACUGGGAGUAGUGACAACAUCAGCACUGGACAAAUCCACAGCAACUCAGACAGACUUGCUGCUGGCCACUGCGCAAGGCAAUAGGGAAAAUGGUGAAAUGCGUGCCAAUGAUGAAGAAACAGUCUUUGCUAACGAUGAGAAUGUUUAUGAAGCUACAUCAUCCAGGAAGAGUAAUUUUCAGAACUUCUCUGGAAACAUGGUUGACUUGAUUGUGAAUGAAGCAUAUGACCUCAUGGCCACUUCCAAAGUGAAGAAGACAGUGGGGGACUGUGCUGGCUAUUUGAGCAAGAAAAUAGGAAGUUGCAUGCCCUCAUCACGGCAGGUUGAGUCUCAGGAUCUCGUCAAUGAAGAUAUAGUGAAGUCUGCCACCACGCAUACAGCUGUACAAGGGAAUACUGACACCUCAGCCCCCGGAAAUGAACGUCUUCUAAGUGACAAUGUAGAGAAAGUGGAUCUAAGGACAGUACUUGAGAAGAAUACUUCUGGUGUAUACGUUAUGCUGGAUGAACACAGUUCAGUAUCAGACAAGCUAACAGAUGCUGCCUACCUGCAGGAGAAAGAUAGUGUUACUGAUCAGAGCUCCCACUUUCCCUCACAACCUUCCUGUAAUAAAGAUGCUCGUGAGAAUGUAUGGCAGUUAAGAGAUGCAGCGCUUGAGACGCGUCCUUCAUCAGUGAAGGAUACUUUGGAAGUGCCAGAUAUCCAAAUGGCAGGGCGAGGUGACAGGAAAACGGUUCCAGAAGAGGCACUCAGUAGCACCGGGAGAAAAUGGAGUGGAACUCCAGGCACUCCUCCAUCCACCCCACUGCAGCAGCCUCCGCCUAUGUCUCAGGAGAAACAAAUCAAGCAGUUCUCAAAGAAGCUGAAAGGGAAGCUUGCAAAGGAAUUUUCUCCAGCUACGCCGCCAUCUACCCCACAGUACCAACCUCCCGCUGGACCCCUUGAAGCUGGAGCUGACUCGGAGAAGAAAGACUUCAUGCUGAAGCUUAUGAGGUCCCUUUCAGAGGAAGCAUGUAGGAAUGAGGAUGAGGAAUACGGAAGAGAUGGUAGGGGCCAAUCCAGAAUUCGGGCUGGAGACUGCCGGCCGGAGCAAAACCUUCCUGUAGAAAGCGACUGUAAAAUCAUGCAGAAGGGAGCUCUCCGGUAUGCAGAGCGCCUUGCUUUCCACAUUGUUUCUAUGGCUACUGAAAUGGACACCUUGGGUUUGGAAGAAGGGGGGAAGUUGAAUGACAAAGAAGGUAAAGCCAACCUCCCUGUGCACAGUGCUCGGUUUUCACAAGAAACCUUAAAUUCUUUAUGGACCUAUGCCGGGGAAAUAGCAGGGGAGGUCAUCAAUGAUGUAAAGAAGAUGAUGACGACUUCUACUCAGCAUGGACGCAAAGCCUGGAAGGGUAGCCAAGAUGACUCUGCUGAAAGUCACUCACAGGUGGACCACAGAGAAUGUAGAUUAAAUAACAUAGCUGACCAGUGGUCCAGCGAUCUUGUCACUUCAGUUCUCAACCUCCAGGGUUCCGGGUCAAGUGGGCUGUCAUCCAAGUUCCCUAGUUGUGAAAGUGUGACCGAUGAAUAUGCCGGGUACCUCAUCAGGGUUCUGAAGAGGGAAGGGGGCAACAGGGAGCUCAUUUUGGAUCAGUACGCCAGCCGACUUGCUUAUAGAUCUAUUAAGUCAGGACUAGCACACGCCACAAGGAAGCUCAAGCAGAAGUCCAGCCCGAGGCUUCAGUCUUUCAAGAGAUUUCAUCAUGACGGCACCAGUGAGGUCUGGAGAAGACCAGCUCUGGAGACACCCUUUACAGACACACAGGCUGACCAGUGUACAUGUCAGAAGGCCAGAGAUGUAAGCAGUGGGGAAUAUAUUGAACUUGUUAACUUUGCAGAGUCUUUGGCUUACAACAUCACAUGUGAUGUGACAAGAAAGCUCAGACUGUCCUCUGUUCGUAUGCCCAAAUCGCUAACUGAUUCCUGCCUGUACAAAAAGGCCAAGCCAGGAGAUGUGCCAGAUAGGCUUAUCAAAACCUCAUGUUCAUGUUCCUUCCUGCCUUAUAUGGAGAAAUACAAACAAUAUCACAGCACCGGCAGUUUGAAUGAUGGGACUUAUAGUGAUAGUGUCGUGCAAGUCAUUGAACGCUAUGCCAGGAAGAUUGUUGACGAUACUUUAGAGGUGACACUGGCAACGGCAGGCCAUCCUGUUUUAGAGGACAGGAUAAGGAUGAGCAGAAAUUUGUACGCCGAAAGAGCCUGUCGCUACUGUACUGUCAGGGAGCGUCCGUUUUUAAGCAGCGUGGGCCGGCAUUACUUCCAGGAAGUUCACAGGAAAAGAGGGCGGGGCUGUGAAGUGUCAACUGUAAGCUGCUGUAGCCAGGCAAGGUCUUGCAGUCUUGAAAUUCCAAAGAUUCACAUUGACUUGGAUAAGAGGGAGGUGUUUGCCGAAGAAGUGGUGUCCUCUGCGAUUGAGAAAGCGAAGAGGGAGCUGAGCAGCACUAGCCUGAAUGCGGACAGUGGGAUUGGGCAUGAUGGCGCAAGCUUUGCUGAGAGCCUAACCACAGAUAUAAUGGCAUCUGCUAUAUCGAACAUUUGCCGGGCCGUCAGCGUCAGCCCGCCUGGGAGGGAGCGGACAAACACGUCCGAGUCUGCGGUGAGCCAGCAGCUGAGCGCAGGGGAGGACAGCAUCGGCAGCUGGUCCAACCUGAGCUUUGAGGACGAGCACCCGGAUGAAAGCAGCAGCUUUUUACAUCUGAGCGACAGUAAUGGGAACAGCAGUAGCUGGAGCAGUCUGGGGUUAGAGGGGGAGGUUUGUGAGGAUCCCUUAUCACUCUCCCCAUCUGACAGCAAUGGCACAGAGGACAAAGAGCUGGAGGCCAAGGCGCACCUAGAUGGGCCUCCCCGUGUGGAGACCAGACCCCUCCACCCAGAGCGAGGGCUGCUGGUGGUCACUACACACCUGGAGGAACCGGCCCCAGACCCACAGGUGAGCGUGGUACUGCAGUGGAUCGCAGCCUCCCUGUCCAACCUUCCCUUGAUGCAGCUGGGCCAGUCACCUGACAAGGAGCUUCAGCUGCUACCGGCUGUGCUUCAGAAGGUGAAGGAGAAGGAGUGGAGGGUGGGGGAGCUCCUGCAGGCCCUCCUCCGGUACUGCGAGGAGGUGGAACCGGGCGUGGAGCCAGACCGGCACGGUGGGCAGCCCUUCUUCCAGUGGCUGCUGGAGCAAGCGUAGAUCCCUGCAUCUAAACUCCCUCUGGGUAGUGAAGUCUUAAGGUUGCCAUUAACUACAAAACUCCCUAUUACUGCGCAGCAAUGUGUUGUCUCUCUGCCUAAAACAGGGGUGCGCAACCCCCUUCCUUGAGGGCCGAGUCUCUUCCUGGAUUUCGUGUAACCUGGCUGUAGUAGAGUAACACAAUGUGCUGUAAUGUUGAUGCGCUCUGCCCGGAAUUCAGUGUUUCUGGCACGUGAUGUCUUUUUCUUGCCUUCGUUUCAGCUUCUGCCCGUAAUUAUUUAAUUAGCCCAACCAUUUAGAUGACCUUACAUCUUUAGUUAUAUUUCUUAAUGAGUUAAUGAAUGACAGCUAAAAAAAAGGAUGACUGCUGUCCCUAUAUGAAAUGUUAUACUGUGAUCUAACCUUUGAGUGAACCAGCGUUGGUCUGUAAUUAAAUAAUGAAGUUUGUAGAAGUUGGUAUGUAAUUCAAAUGCAGGAAUUGCACCCCAGGAAUGGGGUUCCCUGAGGCCUAUUUGGUGGAAUGUGUUUAGUCUCGUGCACUGCUUGGGGGUGGAUCCCCCCCCCCACUAGGGGGAGCCGUAAAUUAAUCUGCUGUCCACUCUUGAUGUUGCAAACAGUAUGCUUUUGACUUCAAGUCGCGUUGUUGUGUGGUCAUGGCUUUUGUUCUUGCUGUUUUUCAUUUGUAACGUUUGUGUACAGUACGUAUCCACAUCCCAUCUGUGUGCGAUCAUCUGUGCACUGUGUUUUCAAGCCCUGGUCAUGUGACAUGAAAGAAAGGAGGCACUGCCUCAUGAGAGAGUGUUUCUGUCAGGGAAUCCCCAUCUCUUAAAGGAAAACUGUUACCAGUAUAUACCUCUCUUCUCCUGGCCUGGAUUCCACAUGGUCAGGAGCCAAUCCCAGAAACUACUAGUACUCCCAAAACCGUCUUGCGUGUUAGUGAAAUUUUACAUAACUGAAGGACUGUAUUAGUUAAACUAAGCAAGCAUUAUGUAGACUUAGAUUUCAAUUACACUGUAAGCUUUUUUUUAAGCAAAGUAAUCUAGAUUUUGAUAUAUGGGCUCAGGCUAUGUUUAGAAAAUGGAGCUGGUUUUCUUUUAGUUGUGUUCAUGUGAUGUUGAGUCUUACUGUCCAGAGCCUUUGUCUGAGCCUACAUAACACCAGUAUGAAACGGAUUCAAAAUUCUGGCCACUAAGUACCAUUUAUUUCAGUGGAUUAUUUAUCAAAUGCCGCCAUCAUAAUAGCGGUGCUUAGAUUACUGUGUAAAAUAUAGGCACAUUUCUUUGUCACUUAACAAACCAUUGUUUACAGCGCAAUCAUAAUGCAGGCUAGAAAAAACCUCUUGACUGUGUUCAUUCUAUAUUUAUUGAAGUCAGUUUUUUCAUGUUAUGGGUUUUCUGAUUUUAUGUGUGAUGAAGGAUCUAUAGAUGUUUCUGAUGGCCUACCAGUAUUACAAUGGCUGGUGUUGUGGUGAUUGGCUGUUUGUGGUCUAAAGCAAGAAAACACACUAAAAGUAACUCCAAAGCAGCUUGUAUAGACAUGCUGUGUCUCCAACGGUUGUACAUGCAUAUACUAACUAAUUAUACUUCAAAAAAUUGUUUAAUAUUAUUUUUAGUUGCAGCUAUUACUCAUAGCACAUGGAACCUAAGCUGCACUCAAGGAAUGAAGUACUGGCAGAUUUGAGUUUAUUUAUUUUGGAGUUGAAGUCUAUUUUCCACAAUUAAACAGGACUCCUAAUACUCUUUUAUUAGCCAUUGUAAAGCCAGCAGUUUGUCAGACAUUUUUGUAAUUGUCCAACAUAUUCUUCAUCAUGCACAAAAACUUAGCCAAUUGAAUACAUACACUAAAACUAAAAUAAUAUUUAAAAAACCCUAGAAAGUGAACUAUCCCCUUUCAAUCAAAAACGCAAAAACUAAGCUUCUCUUCUGUCAUAUAUACAAUGAUAAAAAUUAAUUAGUUUUUUUUUUAAGAAACUGUCUGAGAAAUGGUAGGUAACUGACAUUGUAUAGUAAGAAAAUGUGCAAACAAAAUUGGGGCUGUGGGGUGUAGCUCUAGUUUUGCAAUACUGAGAAUUUCUUACAUCUUCAGUGGAGACCUUGGAGAACUGAAAUCAGUAACCAAUUCAUGCCCUAGAAAAUGGUGAGGCGAGUGAACUUUAUAAUCAACUAUUUAACUGAUUCAUUAAGCACUGAGUAAUAAUGAAAAAUGCACAUAUAGGGUUAUAUAUAAUUAAAUUAAAUAAUUUAAUUUAAUUAUAUCCUGACCAAUGAAAUCAGUGUGGUCUCAAGUGCUGAAAGCAUGGACACCUGGUCACUUAAAUCAAAUAAUUUGUGUCGUGAUUAUAAGAUUUUACUCAAAGCCCAUGUCCGUAUGUCCCAAAGCAGCAUAAUGUUCAGCAAGGCAACAAACUUGUUAUACGUGUAAAAUACCUCAAAUUGUAUAUGAUGAACUCUCUCUUUAAAUAAGGUUAGGAAAGACAGCAUCAAAUAAUUGUGAGGUCACAGAGAAGUAGAGUAAAAUCUGUCAGUAUAAGCUAUUGGUAAGGGUGUAAGCUAGUAGCAAAAAGACACUGUACUGUACACCUUGGGUUGGUAUGUGUUUGAUUUUGAGGAAGCUGCUGUUAUGCCUUUGACCCAGGUGUGUUUCCCUAAGUUUUACCAGUAAAAGUCCAGCUUGUGUUAAGUGUAAGUCUUUAUUCUCGAUGAAUAAGGAACUGCUAGGUAAAAUUUUUGAAAAGAAGUAUUUGUAAUUUGCACUGGUAAAUGCACAAGUAUUGUCUGCACGCCACAGCAAUUCCCUUGCUCAACGGCAGCCAUUGAUUGGUUCUCAGUAAAUUGAGCCACUUGUGGUAUUAAUACCAUCACUAGACAGCUGUGAUGUGUCAGUUUGUGCUUUCUCACACAGGGAACCGCCCUUACAUGGUGUCAUGUUUUUAAAGUGUAAUAUGAUUUAACCUGGCUUAUGUUCAGACAAAGUUAAACUGCAUAGUCCAUGAAGAAACCAACGCCAGAACAGUAUCUGAACAUUUCACCUGCCUUAAUAAAACCAAGGAUAGUUAACCAGUUGUUAAAUAGUGGUUCAGUUAUGCAUGCUUCCUCGGGGUAUUAUUGUCAGUGGUGUUUAUCAUUAUCAGUUAUUCUUCAAAGCCACACAAAUAUCUGUUGGACGGCUAUAACAAAGAGAAUCACAUGCAAGUUAUUUGCAAGCACAUGGACAAAGAAAGCUGCCAGAAUGUUUUACUUUAACUGAUAUUCACACAGGUCUACAUAAAAACACAGAGUUUAUGAAAAUAUUGUGUUGAACCCAGGGCAAGUUUGAUGACUAAAUGGUAAUAGCGCUCUGGUAGUGACAAAGUAAGACUGCACAUUAAUGGAAGUAUAUUAGAAGAAUUAAUGAAAAGCUAUUUUUGAUGGUAAUGAUAUUGUGAUAUGAUGGUUUUUUGAAUCAGCCAAAUGAACGGAGUUGUUCUCUUACAGUAUGUGUGGAGGUGUUUGCAUUCACUUUAUUUCAUGUACAUUCACGUGCAUCCCUUUCAUUCAAAAAUGACCCAAUGCUAUUUCAUGUUAUUUAAAAACCGAAUGUGUUAUAUAGAUCUGGCUCAGUAGUUAAAAGAGUAGUUAUAUUUUGUUACUUGUGCAGUGUUAGUUAUAUUCAUCCAAUUACACAUUGUAGGCAAACAACAUGUACUGUAUACUGACAUAUAUUUUUCUUGCUUACUGUAUUUGUAUAAUCUUGCCAAAUAAAAUAUUUAAUGAUUUGUGUAAGUUAUAACUGUGAGUGCACUACCUGUCCCUUAGUGAUAUUUCUCAUUAGUUUACAUAAUAUAAGCUUGAAGCACUAUAUUUGCAAAUUGUGAAAGCUGUGGCUAAAAAUAAAGCAUUUUUUCAUGUGUACAGUA